AUGUCGGACAGCGCGACACCAAAGCCACUGUCGGCAGUGCGAGAAUGGGGUCGUAACAAUGAUGAAUCAGGCUCGGCAUUCAGUGGACUCGGAAGAGGGAAGAGAGGUGGGGGACCUGGCAGAGGUAUUCCGAGGGGAGGUAGAGGCGGUAGAGGCGGCGCUAGUUUUAGAGCCAGAGGAAGAGGGAGAGGGUCUGGCAACAACGGAACGACGAUAACGACGACAAAUACAUCUGCAAUAACGAGUACAGUGACGAAACCAGCUGAAGUAGCGAGCAAGCCAUCAACGGCGACGUUCAAGGCAAAAUUAUCUGAAACGACCGCUACUCCGAAGAAUACGCCCUUGGGAAAAACUGGAGGGCGUAGACGCUCGAAUGCCAAAACUAUUCCUCAGAUCACUGUGCCUCCGCCAUCGACAUCGACAUCGACGACAAUCACCGACGAGGUAAAUGCCCUGGUUGAGCACGUCCGCGCAGGGGCCCUCACACCCAACGGCCCGAUUACUCCAUUCACUCCCAGCCACAUUGACUGGGCUGGAGACGAAGAGGAAGAUGGGAGUCUACCUGACCUGGAUGACUGGGGUGUCAGCACCAGCAGUGGAGGUGCCCCAGGCACUUUCGAGCCAGCGAGCACAGUUGAAACUACCAAAGGCUCAAACAUGAAACCAGAUGCUAUAUCACCAAUUUUAGUCGAAGGGCUCAAGUCUCUACCUGAGCCCAAAGUUCCAGAACAUCCCGAGCCAGAAACGGAGGUCAAAGCGGCUUCCCCUGUUCCUUAUCCAGAACGUCUUAAUUCCAAACAGACCUCACCUUCGGAGACAAUUUCAACUUCAACUUCGUCUUCCUUAUAUCCUUCCUUCCCCCAUAAGCCUUCUUCUGGCUCCGUAAACCGGCCUCCAAAGAACAAACUUGGUGUGACUGGUAGUUCCCGUGACGGAAGUACUCCCCGUCCACCUCGAACUUCACGGGGUAGCAGGAAUAAUCUGGCUGCCAUCCAGCCAGGUCCUGAAUCUAGUCACGACAUCAAUACCAAAAAUACUGGUAAGCCAGUUUCUGGUGGUGUUUCGCUGUCUACACCAACGCCUCUUACGAACCAUGGUGCAAUUUCACUUACACCUCCGGAGUCACCUACUAAGGGUUUAACAGACUCAAUGCAUGCUCCAAAACCUGGGCUUGCUUCAGCGGAACCUGUGCGGUCUAAAGCCAAUAUUCCCGCAUCUCUGAACAUCAACGGUGGUUCUGCAUCCAAGGUAGGAUCAUACGUUCCUCCGCACACACGCAAUUCCCGCCCGGCAUUUGUGCCCACACCUGCGCCUCCGCCGAGUGACAAUGGUAGUCUUACGGCAGAGUUCACCUUCCCAUCUCUCAGCCCAAGUCCGAUAUCUGGGCAUUAUCCUACUGGACCUCGUGGACCAGGUGGAGGAGGUCCUAGUGAGUCUGCAGGGUCAGAUCGACCCCACGACAGAUUCAACGGCAGGAACGGUGCUUUCAACGGGAACGGGUCUGGUUUUAAUCCGAGAUAUAAUAAUCAUGCACCACGACAUUACCAGCAGGACCCGAAUCAUGCUGCUAAUCAUUUCUCGCGCGAUAGACCAGUGCAUCAACCUCAAACCCAGUCACAUCACUCUGAUCCUCUGCACCCUGGACUGAAUCGUUCUGAUUCUCCGCACCAUACUCCUCGCCAUACUCCUCAUCACUCGAGGGAGCAUUCGGCUUCCCGCCCUGUCAUUACGGGUGAUGCUAUUUCGAAACUGGCGAGGACGAUCGCGGGAAGUCCCGCCAAGGCGUAG